UCUACAGAUAGACAGACAGUCUAAAAAAAGCCAAAAGCCAAACAAAGCUGUCUACCUUACCUUUUCUCACUAUUCCCAUUUUUAUUUUUAUUAAACCUUAUUUUCCUCUUCCUCUCCAUUUUUUCUUCUUUUUUACUUUUUUAUUUUUCCCCCUCUUACCCAAGUGAGGAAAGAAGAAGAAAAAUAAAUAAGGUACUUACCCAAUUUCAACACCUGCAACCCGCUGGAAUUUUGUCGGCGCUUUAUCCUCCCACUUUAUUCCGCUCGGCGUCUUCUGCGUUCCGCGCACCAGACCAGACUCGAUACAGCAGGCGCCCCAACCAGGUUCUGCGACAGAAUUUACAGCCUACUACAACCCAGAGCCUCUCCGCUCAACGCCAGAUCAAGUAUAGGUCGUCGGCACCACGACCAAAACAGUAUCUCCACCAAAUUUGCCUUUUUCGUUCGUGAUACAAUCGUCGUACCUUGAAAAAAAAUUGAAAUCCAAAAAAAUGGCCGACAUCACAGACCAACACGAUCAAACCUCGCCUACCGAACUUGAUGAAUCUCAUGUCGGAAAUGGCAAUGCCGGGCCUGCAGAGAACCGUGGCAUAAAGCGCCAACGCGCCAGCAUUGCCGAUGACGAUGAUGAUGAUGAUGAGAAGGGUGGUCGCGAGCGUCGCAAAAUUGAGAUCAAGUUUAUUAGUGAUAAGUCGCGUCGCCACAUCACCUUCUCGAAGCGCAAGGCUGGUAUUAUGAAGAAGGCAUACGAACUUUCCGUUCUUACCGGUACCCAAGUUCUAUUACUAGUCGUGUCCGAGACUGGACUGGUGUAUACCUUCACCACCCCCAAGCUACAGCCUCUGGUCACCAAGGCCGAGGGCAAGAAUCUGAUCCAGGCCUGUCUGAACGCCCCUGAGCCUUCCCAAGGGAACGAGAAUGGAAUUGAUGACUCCAACCACGUUGAGUCGCCUGAGGAGCCCCCUAACUCACACCUACCUCCUCAAACAAGCCGACCUGGAAUGCCAUCGCAUAUGCCGCCAAACUACGUAAACCCCGUAUUGGACCCGUCAUCUGCUAUCGCGUACCAAAACUACAUGCACCAACACCAACAACAACAGCAACGUCCGCAAUUUGGCAUGCCGUCACAGGCUGGUAUGCCACAGCACACCUCACAUCAAUCUUGAUCGUUGCCACUUCGGCUACGACAUUGCCUUGCGCCUGAUACCCCGAAUUUAAUGCAUUCAUGAGGUUCUCUUUUUUUUAUUUAUUCGAGGCAUUCCUAACACAAGACUAUAAUUGCAAGGCUUCGGUGGUCCGGCGUUGUUGGGUCAUCGUGACUUAUCCUUUUCUCCUUUUUCCCGAUCUGCGCAGUGAGGCCAUCUUCUCUACUACAAUCCUAGUUUCGUCCAUCUUUCAUAUCAUAACAUUUUUCGCUGGUUGAAGUGGCAACCCAGCGAUUCGGUGAUUCCAACUUGAGUUCUAAGUAUCCAAUAAUUUUCAUCGCAUCU